ACCCUAGCCGAGUCUCCGCUCAAGGCAUUAACGUGAGCGUAGUGUGUGUGUGUAUCCAGUGAAAAUUACCCGGAGACGGACGGAGGCAGUUUAUAACCGUACCAAUGUCUGUGGCCUAUAAAUAUAUUAUAUUAACCGGGGCGGAAUCAUCUCGUGGACACAACAACAUAUCGAAAAUGAGGGAAUAAUCCGAGGAGAGGCACGGCGAGGCUCGUCUGUAGCUACGGUUUUGUUGAACUGCGAGUGGGAUCACAGCUGCUGGCUACGAAAAUGUCGAGAAAAAUAGAGAGCAAGCAAGGUAAGUCCUGCCCGGCUAGACUGAACCUCACCGCUCCACCUUCGGGAUACUGUAUAACGGUCUCCCUUACACGGGGCUCGGAUGGAUUAAAUUAUGGGGGUCUGUUGACCAACACAUACGCCAACAAAAAAGGGGGUGCUCCAGAUAAAGCUUGGAUGAGUGUGUUGGGUGUAAAUGGUGGUUUAAUUGGGCCUCACGGAUUGUUCUUUUUCUCGGCUAUCCAGUUAAAAUAAAGCGUCUGCUAGCUGGUAGCGGCUAAUGAUAUUUUCAUAUUUUUGUCCCGUUUUUAAACCAAAAGGCUGACUUAAGGAGAGCUGGUUAACUGAUCCAUUAGUUAAAAUAAUACAGCUUCUCGUGUUAAAAACAGUUUAGCGAGCUAGUCCGGGGAAAUAGCUUUUUUUUUUUUUUUUUAGAAAAAUCGUGCUGGCUUUUCUUCCAUGGUACUACACCGGCAUUUCUCCAUUCACUCUCGGUACGGGGGUCGUAAAUACACCACCCCGGUUUGAUUGUCUGCGAGCGUUGCUAACCAUCUCGGGACAAAUCUCUGAAUUUCACUCAAGAGGAAACACGUGUGUUUCGCCUUUUUCCCCUUUGGAAGACGCGUAAAUGAGUGAAUAUAUCGUGUGACAUUUUUCUCCUGCUUCCCAAUUGGCCGUCCGCGAACAUUUAAAGACGGGUUUAGCUAGCAGCAGCUCAAGGUUAGCUUUUACUGGCUAAGGCUAGCUGCCUUGUUACCCCUGGAAUGGGAUUGCGUUCACGCGCUGGGCUGCUGGGUGUGUAUUUGUGUUGAUUUUCACUAUUGUGCACGUGGCAUUUUUUUGUUGUUGGUUUGACCCGUAUUUUUAUUUUUAUUUUUUUCAUUUUGUCUACUCGUGUCGCUCACUUUCUCACUUUCACUCUCACUGCGGAGCACAAUCACUACGGGAGGAAACGCAGUAGUGUUGGGGUAUGGAUGGGAUUUUGGGAAGGAAACUUUAUACCCGUCAGCUACACUUGCAUCCCAUUCCAGCAGCUGUCUCCUUGCUUCGCUCCACAUAGUGUCCUGCCCAGUGUUGCCUGCAGUAAGUGGGCGAAAAGGCGAACACACACACACACACACACACACACUGAGAGCCCCCAAUAACAGGAGGGGAGGGAGUGUCAUCCUCCACUAGCUCAGUCAUUCUUCAUAGGCGUAAAAGUUUCCGAUUCCUUUCGUGUCUUGCGGACAGAUGACUACAUAUGGUCACAACUAAAUGAAAAGUCAGAGGCAAUGCAAGAGUUUUUUAUUUUGUUUUCUUUUUUUUGUAGACUCUUUGCUUAACUGAUAACUUAAAAGCAAGUACCCAAACCAUCACUUCUCCCCUGCUUCCAUUCUUCCCAGUUGUUUACUUGUUGGUCUGUUCUCAUCUGCCUAUUGAUCCCAAAUAUGUCCCCAAGGACACACUGUGGUGGUUGCUAGUGUAAUGGAAACAGGGAAGGGCGAGACUUGGGACUCAGAACAGAAAACUCUGCAGCAGGCAGUGCUUGAGUGUGAGAGAAAGUGUGAAAGGCUUCGUCUCUGGAGACUGGAUAGAAACAGGGUGACAGUUUUAGUCGCUGGCAGAAUGGUGCCUUGAGGAGCAUACACAUGGACACCAAAUUCACUAGCUGCAUCAACAUACUCCUCCGAUUACCGGGGAUGGUGUCACCCAGUCACUAAUUUGCCCUUCCCGCGGGAAGCAAAAGCGAACCUCAUGUGCGGUGGAGCCCAGGCGUGUCACCUCUGAUGAAAUCAGAUGGAUGGUUCUUGCGCUGAAUCCCAUUCUCUACGUACUCACCGACAUGACUUCAUCACUCAAGCAGCCCAAAACUGAAAUCCAUAAACAGAUUCAGUGUGUUGCGGUGUUUGUCCCCCAAAAAACGUAACAGCAGCCAGACAGCCGAAGCUGUUUCUUAAUGCUUUUCUCAGAAGGCUUAAAAGCUUUGAGUCUGUGUGAUCACAUUUUGGUGUAAGCUAAAACUUGAAGAUGCUGUCAGGUAGCCUGCCGUAAUAAUAGUACAUGAUGUGAGCUGAAUGACUGGGUUGGUGUGCACUGUCAGCACAUAUUAAUAGCUCCAAGGCAUCUUUUUUUUUCUUCUUCUCUUUUUCCUGUCUUUCAGUGCGUUAAGCAAUUUAAGUUUUCCGAGUGUUGCUAAAUGAGCUCAUGAUUAGUAGUAUAAAUAGUUGUGGGGGUGCUGACAUUGAUCAAAAGUUAAAAAUACUUCUCAUCCACUGCUUAUCACUGGUGAACGAUGCAUUGUUGACGGGAAUUAUUUCUGGCUGGUUUUGAGAGUGCUGCACUGUGACUUGCAGACUCUGCUCAGACACUUUCUAAUCCCGCAGCGUUUUAUGUACGUACCGUAUGUUUACUUGUUGGAUGUCAUACUUUAAAUGACCCACUUAGAAUGAUUCCACUGUUGCAGUUAAAUUAAGAUGUGAAACAUUUAGCGCAGCAGUCCUGAAAUGGGAUUUGUUGUUGUCAAGAUGGCCUAAUUUUCGAAAUGAAGGCGAUACAAAAUUUUAAGAAAGAAAACCCAUUUAGCGUCACUUUGAAGAACCAACCCAGAAUCCACUUUUCAGGAAGAUCUUCCGCAUAAAAACAGAGACACAUCACCUGGGAUGAGUUUUCCUUCGUUCGAUUUGUAUUUCCGUUCUUGUUUUGUCUACAUGUGUAGGAAGCCUUCAUUCACACAAACCAUUCUAAAACUGCACGGGUCAAUAAAAAUCUGUUCUAACUGCUCCCCGUUGCCAGGAUAUGUGCCCUUUGUACACUUUAAAGAUUGUUAUUUUGCUCAAACCUCAGAGUUCCACUGCUCUUUUCACCGGUGUCUUUCUAAUAAUAGCAGUCAUAAUAAUAACUAGUUUUCAUGCACUGUCUCAGUGACAGUACAGUCAAAGGUGAUGUGAGAGACAGUGCAGCUUUUCGAUAUCUUUUAGUAUUUGUUUUUGUUUUUAGGUAAGUUAGCUACAUUAAUGCACUAACAUUACUACUACUUCAGCAGCAGAGAACAGCAUCUGUUCUUUAGCCACUGCUUUCUAAAACACCAUACCAGCUCUGGGUUGAGUUAUUGUAGUCACUUGGCCGGCGUUAGUGCAAAGUUUUGCAACAUGUUUUUGUGGUGGGGGUGCAUGUGUGUUUGUGUGUGUGUGUGUUGGCUAGCUGGGCUUGUUUGUCAGUGCUUAAUUUAUUCAUUUCAGUCUGCUAACAUUAGCCUGUUAAUGAUAUACAAAAUACUGAGAGAUGUCUUUUUUUUUAAAAAAAACCAUUUUUAUUAUAAUAUCAGGUGAUCACGACUAAGACGUGCUGUAUUGCUUUUUUUGGCUUGAGUUUUUUUUUUAAAGAUGAACUACAAGACUAUAUUUCUAUCCCGUGAGCGGCAUUUAUUUCAAAGAUGCACGUAGUCAUUUGUGAAUUAAAUAAAAAUUUUAUAAUUUAAUAAAAUUAAUUUAAUAAAAAAAUAAAUAAAAAUGAAAUAAAAAGAAGAACAAUUCUUUUUUUCUUCCACUCGCAUUAGGCUUGGAUGCUGUGCACACUUUACAGCUCAAAACACACAUUUAAACACACCAGAAAAGCUGCUUAUGAAAAGAUCAUUGAGAUUUUCACGGUUGCAAAAAUUUCCCUCAUGCAGACUGGGGUUGUGACACGACACAUUUUGGCACACCAGUGUUGGUAAGAAAGUCGUGAGAGCAGCAGUGCAGUGUUUUAAAAUUAGCUUGCGGACUCUUCUGUUACUGGACAGUCAAUGGUAGUAGCCAGCCGCAGCGGCAGAACUGAUCCAUCAGUUCCUUAUUUUAGACUCCCUGCACCCCCCUCGCUGCAUAGUGUGGCAGUGCGCAUCUGUGGUUCACCCUUUGAAAGGGUCUUAGCUGCACUGUUUACUGUCAGGCAUUACAAGAGCUUAAACUAAAGUGUGUGUGUGAAACUUCAAUGGCCCUCGUUUGCUAAGCGGUUAGCUCGUUGCUUCAGAUUUAAAAUAGCUUCUUUUUCCUAAUGUCCGUAAAUGCCGAGCUCUGCAUGCCUGGGUCAAAAAAACUCUGAGCAAGAGCUAAAGCAGUCCUGAUUACAAAAGGGUUCCCCGGGAUAACUCGGUCUGCCCACAUUGCUGAUGAGUGAUCCCACUGUUGCACAGAGCAAGCUAUGAGCACUGGUUUGUCAUGCUGCAAUUUUGAGGUUUGAUGGCAGCAAGCAUUUCACCCUCCCUCUACCACAGAAUGAGAGGCUUGCUUUUCCCAUAUAGGUUUAGCUGUGUUGUAAUUACAUUUUUUAUUUAUUUAUUUUUGGUGCCGUGUAUGGGAAUGCAAAAAGAGGGAGGGAAAAGAGCUUGGGAAGAGAAAGGGAGAGGGUGGAUAAAGUCUGUGAGCAGAGAGUGAAUCGGAUAGAGAAAUGGAUGGAUUACAUGUGGCGUAAUGGCUGGACCAGGGCAAUCGAUUAGAAGCGAAGGGAAGUCUGGGUUUUUGUAACAUGAACAUUUUUAAGGUGCUUUCAUCACCUUCCAGGUGGAGCGAAAGACUGCAGUUGAGAUAAUUUUCAGUGGUCUCACGUGUAAUUCAGUGCAGCAGUAUGUCACUGGCGGGUCAUAUUCCCCAUCUCUCAACUUCCACGUGUGUUUUUGAAAGACUUUGUUGAGGUGUUGAAUCUAUCUCAAAAGGAUAGAAAGAAGAUGCUUCCCCUGAGUUCACUGCUGCGUGUUGGCCUACAUGCCAGAGAGCAGGUCGUUUAUUCCCGCAGGUGGCCGUCUCAUUUCCUUAUUACUGUUGAGUGCAUUCUCCAUUCCAGAUAACUGUGGAGUGUUGGACUCUCUCCAGGACCAGUGACGACACCCACUCAGACAUCCUUCCAGGAUUGCUUAAGUCAAGAUUUAUAAGAAUAUGAAUAUAAAACACAUUGGAUUUGGGAAAAGCACAAUGCUUCUGGACUCCUCCUGACUUGUGUCACUGCUAUAUGUGGCUCUUCCUCUGAAGUCCUGUGUAACGUGGCUGAGUCAAGUGAGGAUGAUCAUGAGGCUAAGUUAGUUAUGACUAACUCUCAGCAGUGCCUUUGUGAGAGAGAGCUCUAAAAAAUGCCACUGUGACCUACGACACCGUAUACAAAGGGCGUAAGCAUCAGUAUCACCUGGACUAGUCGCUGCGUGGACUGUUGGAUGGGCAAUAUAAGCUGGAGGAGCCAGGCCUCCUCAGAGGACACAGACUCCUCUCUGCAGGGUGAUUUAGAUGAAGACACAGACUCGCAACGGUCCCAUCUGUCCACUAUCACGAUGAUCCUGAAGGACAAGUUCCACUCUCCCAAGAUCAAGAGGACUCCAUCCAAGAAGGGCAAGCAACUGCAGCCCGAGACAGCAGCCAAGAGUACUGAGAAACCUACUAACAAGAAGGUUAGUAGGCUGGAGGAGCAGGAGAAAGAAGUGGUCAGUGCCCUGCGCUACUUCAAGACAAUCGUGGACAAAAUGGUCGUGGAGAAGAAGGUUCUGGAGAUGCUUCCAGGCUCGGCCAGCAAGGUGCUUGAAGCAAUCUUGCCUCUGGUGCAGGUAGAGGCACGGAUACAGCACAGUUCGGCGCUGUCAUCUUGCCACAGCCGCGUAUAUCAGAGUUUGGCCAACCUUAUCCGCUGGGCCGACCAGGUGAUGCUUGACGGGAUUGACUUGGACGAUAAGGAAAAUGUGGCUUCUGUCACCAAUGUCAUCAAAGCGGUGCUGGAUGGAGUAAAGGAGCUGGUGAAGCUGACCAUAGAGAAGCAGGAACAGCCGUCACCUACCACACCUAAUAAACCAGCAGCACCUGCUGUCACAGCCGAGAGCAGCGUGUCAGCAGAGAUGCCCCUGAUAGAUCGGGAGCAGGAGGUCUCGAGUAAGCCGGCUCCGGCAGCCGCUCCUGUGGAAGCUGCCCCUGAAGUACCAGACGUGGAAGUAGCACCUCCCAAACCACCACUACCGGAAGCCAAAAUGGCUGAGCUCAGAGCACAGUUGAGUGCCGAGGCUGGCCAAAGGAGACCCUCUCAGAAGGAGAAUCCUCCACCAGCUCUUCCUCCUAAGAAGCGACAGUCAGCCCCUUCACCUACACCAGUGGCAGUGGUCGCCCCGAUGAGCCGUGGCUCCAGCCUCCCGUGUAGUGACCACAGACAGGAGUAUGAACAGGAGUUCCUUCAGAGGCGUUUCUCUGGGGGAAGCCACUCGUACGGUGGCGACUCUCCCCGUCUUUCACCGUGCAGCAGCAUGGGGAAACUCAGCAAAUCCGACGAACAGCUUUCUUCCAUAGAGCAGGACAGCGGGCAGUGUUCUCGGAACACCAGCUGUGAGACGCUCGACAACACAGAUCACUACGACCCAGAUUAUGACUUCCUCCACCAGGACUUGUCAGCUGGGGAAAACUUGCCCCCAAUACCAGUUGGGGGGUGCCUCAGCCCCCUGCCCGAGUCUCACAGCGAGUCCUCUUCCCCCGUUCCUGGACAGCACCCCUCGCAUCCACGCUUCAGCGCUCCCCCACCCCAGCACCAAGAUUACUGGACCCCCCAGCCCAAUCAGUCCUCCCGCAUCAGCGCACCCCCUGCCCUGCCGAUGAAGAAGCGGCGCAGCACCCAAACGUCGUCCUUCUCCGACAGUGGGUCCAGGGUGCUGUACGAGCGAUUCCCCUCGCAGUACGACAACCUGUCAGAAGAGGAACUUCAUCCCACGCCACCGUUCCCCCUUUUCACACCCAUCUCACCCAUGCCCCAAACAAAUGGGGGCGUGUUUGUUUCCCAGUACGUUGCCAGUGAGAAUGCAGAUGUCCCCGCCAGCCCACCGCCACUGCCAGAAAAGAAAAGCAAACACAUCCUUCAAUACAUGCAGUUUGUGGAAGACUACUCGGAGCCACAGCCUUCUGUCUUCUACCAGAUGCCGCAGAGCGAAAGCAUCUAUGAACAGCGCAACAAGCGCUUCCAGGAGGUCUACGGCUUCAACGACUCCUUCAGCAGCACCGACUCAGUGCACGAGCCGGUGCAGCCCCCGGCUUUGCCACCAAAGCAAAGACAACUGGCCUCCCACUCCUCUUCCCCUUCUUCUUCCUCCUCCUCCUCUCUCUCCUGCCACCUCCAGCCGUCUGUGGCGGCAAUGGAGGAGGCGGGCUCUGGGCUGGGCCUCAGCAUAUCGGUUUCUAACUCCUACCUGAUUGGCCAGGCGUCCAUGACCACACCCACGAGCUUGGACCAGGUUGCCUUGACCAAUGCCACCAUUCUGGAUGGCAGCGGGGGCGGGCCCAACGGUUCCCUGGCUGGCUCAGUGGGUUCUAUGGCUGUCUGUCUUCCUUCUGAGUCUUCUCUCACUGACUCUCUCCACACCUCAGCGAGCGAGAGCGCGAACGACGAGGGCGGGGAGGGGGAGUAUGUCAACUUGUACUCAUCCAGCCAGGCCAAUGGGGAGCUGCCUCACUCCCUCGGAGACACAAUCGCGGCUGAUGAUGUCCUUCAAGACCCCACCCCUCAGAUGCCAUCCACCAAUAACAAAGAGGAUAAGGAAAGAAGGCAAAAGGCAACUGAUUCAGCUGGGAGCGAUGAAGAAGAUGUGGACGAGCUCGCCCUCAUAGACCACAAGGAGAUCAUGAGCAGGAUAACACUAAAACAAGAAAAUGACGACGGCCCCGACGUCCGCGCCGGAUCAGGGGACAUCCUAUUAGUCCACGCUACAGAAACAGACCGCAAAGAUCUCGUUUUGUACUGUGAAGCCUUUCUGACUACAUAUAGGACUUUUAUAACCCCAGAGGACCUCAUUAAGAAGCUACACUACAGAUAUACCACGUUCUGCCAUAGUCCAGACACCUUCAAGAAACGAGUCAGCAAGAACACGUUCUUCGUGCUGGUUCGUGUGGUAGAUGAGCUGUGCCUGGUAGAGCUGACCGAGGACAUUUUGAAACAGCUCAUGGACCUGGUGUUCACACUAGUGUGUAAUGGCGAACUCAGUCUCGCCCGUGUGCUCCGCAAGAAUAUCCUGGAUAAGGUGGAGCAAAAGAAGCUGCUGCGUUACACUAACUCACUCAAGCCCCUCGCGGCACGAGGGGUCUCUGCAAGGCCUGGAACUCUUCACGACUUUCGCAGUCACGAGAUCGCCGAUCAGCUCACGCUUCUCGACGCUGAACUUUUUUAUAAAAUUGAGAUUCCCGAAGUUCUACUUUGGGCCAAGGAGCAGAAUGAGGAGAAGAGUCCGAACCUGACUCAGUUCACAGAGCACUUUAACAACAUGAGCUAUUGGGUUCGCUCUUUGAUAAUUCAGCAAGAGAAAGCUCAAGACAGAGAAAAGCUGCUUCUCAAGUUCAUUAAGAUAAUGAAGCACUUAAGAAAGUUGAAUAACUUCAACUCCUACUUGGCAAUACUGUCUGCUUUGGACUCGGCCCCCAUCAGGAGGUUGGAGUGGCAGAAGCAGACCUCAGAGGGAUUGGAGGAGUAUUGCACACUGAUCGACAGCUCCUCCUCCUUCAGGGCAUACAGAGCUGCACUGGCUGAAGUGGAGCCCCCGUGCAUCCCGUACUUGGGUCUCAUCCUCCAGGACCUGACCUUCGUCCACCUGGGGAACCCUGACCUGAUCGACGGGAAGGUCAAUUUCUCCAAACGCUGGCAGCAGUUCAACAUUCUGGACAGUAUGCGGCGCUUCCAACAAGUGCAUUAUGAGCUGAAGCGCAACGAAGACAUCGUCUCGUUCUUCAACGACUUCAGCGAUCACCUGGCCGAGGAGGCCCUCUGGGAGCUGUCGCUGAAGAUAAAACCCAGAAACAUCUCGAGGCGCAAGACGGACCGCGAGGAGAAGACCUAGGGCCCGCGGAGGGGAGGAGGGCCUCCAACACUGACCUCCAACUGUGCUUCAUGACACUAACUCCACUUUACUACAGACUGAAAGAGAGACGAACGGAGGCUACCCGCAGAGGCUGAUGGGAGACUCAUUGUGGGUGGGGGGAGGGGGUUGAGAACAAACUACAGACAACUGAAGCGUCAUCGAGGUUUACAAAGAGCUCUACUGCUCGGGGAGAUUAUAAUUGGGAUUAUUGGAGACAUUCUGUGGCUGCGGCGAGACAACAGGUAGACCGGUGCCAAGGAGGGGAAGAAUCGCAGGGAGACACUACGGAAAUGACCAAAGUCUGCUCCCUGGGCUUUCUGUUUUAGAGUGGAGCUGCUGCGCGAGUGUGUGUGUGUGCGCGCGCGCGCGCGCAUGUGAGUGUGUGAGCUGAAUGGUCCAUUACUCUCAAGCCGCUCCUUCCUCUUCCUCAUGUAUGUGCCAUCUAUUGGUUUUCUUCAGCCCUCUCCCUACUCGAGUUCCCCUCAAACGGCAGCCUGACACAAACUGUGACAUCUACGGGCGGGCCGCAGACCCCCGAGGGCUCGCUGUGGGCACGAGGCUGGGAGGUGGGAGAUUUGGACUUAGAGGAGAGGAUGGCCAUGAUAGACUGGAAACCUAUGUUUUGCAACAUUUUUGUGUAAGAAUCAUGUAUGGUUAUGAAAUGUAUUAUAUACAGUGCUCCUUUUGUUCUUAAAAAGGAUGUUUAUGCUUAUGAGAAGAGCUCCGCUUCUCCCAAGUGCCAUACACGUGCACUUGAAAGAAAAAAAAAAAAAGAUAAGCAAAGCAAAAACACAAAAAGAUAAAUAACUAAAGAUGCUGUGAUCUGUGUACAUCAUUCUGAAUCAUCGAGUGCCGUGUUCAAGUGUAGAGAAACCAUCAGGCAAUCACAGUCACGUCCCGGUCAUGUUAGUGUGUGAAAGACUGUGUGUGACUGAAGUCCUCUGUGACUUGUGUGUGUGUGUCAUUCCAAAAAUGUGCUGUAGUAAAAUCAUUUUUUUUAUUCCUUUUUGGGGAUAAAACCAACACAUCACACUGUGCUCUCAAACUCCAAUAAAGCAAACGGCUCUUUCUAUACA